UCAGAGGCCGGUGCGGCGCGGGUCCUCCAUAUGCUGAGCGCCGGUCCCCUGGGCCCACUGUUCUUUCUCUAUACUUUGUCUCUGUGUCUUUCUUUUCUCAAGUGUCUUGUUCCACCUGAGGAGAAAUGCCCACAGCUGUGGAGGGGCAGGCCACUCCUUCAUCUGGUGCCCAACAUGGAUGCUUUUCUCUAGGGUGAAGGGACGCUCGAGUGUGGUCAUUGAGGACAAGUCAACGAGAGAUUCCCGAGUACGUCUACAGUGAGCCUUGCGUCUCUCAUCCCUCCUGACGAGAAAUACCCACAGGUGUGGAGGGGCUGGCCCCCUUCAUCUGAUGCCCAACGUGGUGCCUUUCUCUAGGGUGAAGGUACUCUACAGCGUGGUCAUUGAGGACAAGUCGACGAGAGAGUCCCGAGUACGUCCACGGUCAGCCUUGUGGUAAGCUUGUGUGCUUAGAGGAACCCAGGGUAACGAUGGGGCAAACUGAAAGUAAAUAUGCCUCUUAUCUCAGCUUUAUUAAAAUUCUUUUAAGAAGAGGGGGAGUUAGAGCUUCUACAGAAAAUCUAAUUACGCUAUUUCAAACAAUAGAACAAUUCUGCCCAUGGUUUCCAGAACAGGGAACUUUAGAUCUAAAAGAUUGGGAAAAAAUUGGCAAAGAAUUAAAACAAGCAAAUAGGGAAGGUAAAAUCAUCCCACUUACAGUAUGGAAUGAUUGGGCCAUUAUUAAAGCAACUUUAGAACCAUUUCAAACAGGAGAAGAUAGGGUUUCAGUUUCUGAUGCCCCUAAAAGCUGUGUAACAGAUUGUGAAGAAGAGGCAGGGACAGAAUCCCAGCAAGGAAUGGAAAGUUCACAUUGUAAAUAUGUAGCAGAGUCUGUAAUGGCUCAGUCAACGCAAAAUGUUGACUACAAUCAAUUACAGGAGAUAAUAUAUCCUGAAUCAUCAAAAUUGGGGGAAGGAGGUCCAGAAUCACUGGGGCCAUCAGAGCCUAAACCACGAUCACCAUCAACUCCUCCUCCCGCGGUUCAGAUGCCUGUAACAUUACAACCUCAAAUGCAGGUUAGACAAGCACAAACCCCAAGAAAAAAUCAAGUAGAAAGGGAUAGAGUCUCUAUCCCGGCAAUGCCAACUCAGAUACAGUAUCCACAAUAUCAGCCGGUAGAAAAUAAGACCCAACCGCUGGUAGUUUAUCAAUACCGGCUGCCAACCGAGCUUCAGUAUCGGCCUCCUUCAGAGGUUCAAUACAGACCUCAAGCGGUGUGUCCUGUGCCAAAUAGCACGGCACCAUACCAGCAACCCACAGCGGUGGCGUCUAAUUCACCAGCACCACAGGACGCGGCGCUGUAUCCUCAGCCGCCCACUGUGAGACUUAAUCCUACAGCAUCACAUAGUGGACAAGGUGGUGCACUGCAUGCAGUCAUUGAUGAAGCCAGAAAACAGGGCCAUCUUGAGGCAUGGCGGUUCCUGGUAAUUUUACAACUGGUACAGGCCGGGGAAGAGACUCAAGUAGGAGCGCCUGCCCGAGCUGAGACUAGAUGUGAACCUUUCACCAUGAAAAUGUUAAAAGAUAUAAAGGAAGGAGUUAAACAAUAUGGAUCCAACUCCCCUUAUAUAAGAACAUUAUUAGAUUCCAUUGCUCAUGGAAAUAGACUUACUCCUUAUGACUGGGAAAUUUUGGCCAAAUCUUCCCUUUCAUCCUCUCAGUAUCUGCAGUUUAAAACCUGGUGGAUUGAUGGAGUACAAGAACAGGUACGAAAAAAUCAGGCUACUAAGCCCACUGUUAAUAUAGACGCAGACCAAUUGUUAGGAACAGGUCCAAAUUGGAGCACCAUUAACCAACAAUCAGUGAUGCAGAAUGAGGCUAUUGAACAAGUAAGGGCUAUUUGCCUCAGGGCCUGGGGAAAAAUUCAGGACCCAGGAACAGCUUUCCCUAUUAAUUCAAUUAGACAAGGCUCUAAAGAGCCAUAUCCUGACUUCGUGGCAAGAUUACAAGAUGCUGCUCAAAAGUCUAUUACAGAUGACAAUGCCCGAAAAGUUAUUGUAGAAUUAAUGGCCUAUGAAAAUGCAAAUCCAGAAUGUCAGUCGGCCAUAAAGCCAUUAAAAGGAAAAGUUCCAGCAGGAGUUGAUGUAAUUACAGAAUAUGUGAAGGCUUGUGAUGGGAUUGGAGGAGCUAUGCAUAAGGCAAUGCUAAUGGCUCAAGCAAUGAGGGGGCUCACUCUAGGAGGACAAGUUAGAACAUUUGGGAAAAAAUGUUAUAAUUGUGGUCAAAUCGGUCAUCUGAAAAGGAGUUGCCCAGGCUUAAAUAAACAGAAUAUAAUAAAUCAAGCUAUUACAGCAAAAAAUAAAAAGCCAUCUGGCCUGUGUCCAAAAUGUGAAAAAGGAAAACAUUGGGCCAAUCAAUGCCAUUCUAAAUUUGAUAAAGAUGGGCAACCAUUGUCGGGAAACAGGAAGAGGGGCCAGCCUCAGGCCCCCCAACAAACUGGGGCAUUCCCAGUUCAACUGUUUGUUCCUCAGGGUUUUCAAGGACAACAACCCCUACAGAAAAUACCACCACUUCAGGGAGUCAGCCAAUUACAACAAUCCAACAGCUGUCCCGCGCCACAGCAGGCAGCGCCGCAGUAGAUUUAUGUUCCACCCAAAUGGUCUCUUUACUCCCUGGAGAGCCCCCACAAAAGAUUCCUAGAGGGGUAUAUGGCCUGCUGCCAGAAGGGAGGGUAGGCCUUAUUUUAGGGAGAUCAAGUCUAAAUUUGAAGGGAGUCCAAAUUCAUACUGGGGUAAUUUAUUCAGAUUAUAAAGGGGGAAUUCAGUUAGUGAUCAGCUCCACUGUUCCCCGGAGUGCCAAUCCAGCUGAUAGAAUUGCUCAAUUACUGCUUUUCCCUUAUGUUAAAAUUGGGGAAAACAAAACGGAAAGAACAGGAGGGUUUGGAAGUACCAACCCUGCAGGAAAAGCCGCUUAUUGGGCUAAUCAGGUCUCAGAGGAUCGACCCGUGUGUACAGUCACUAUUCAGGGAAAGAGUUUGAAGGAUUAGUGGAUACCCAGGCUGAUGUUUCUAUCAUCGGCAUAGGCACCGCCUCAGAAGUGUAUCAAAGUGCCAUGAUUUUACAUUGUCUAGGAUCUGAUAAUCAAGAAAGUAUGGUUCAGCCUAUGAUCACUUCUAUUCCAAUCAAUUUAUGGGGCCGAGACUUGUUACAAUAAUGGCAUGCAGAGAUUACUAUCCCAGCCUCCCUAUACAGCCCCAGGAAUAAAAAAAUCAUGACUAAAAUGGGAUAGCUCCCUAAAAAGGGACUAGGAAAGAAUGAAGACGGCAUUAAAUUCCCAAUUGAGGCUGAAAAAAAUCAAAAAAGAAAAGGAAUAGGGCAUCCUUUUUAGGAGCGGUCACUGUAGAGCCUCCAAAACCCAUUCCAUUAACUUGGGGAAAAAAAAAAACUGUAUGGUAAAUCAGUAGCCGCUUACCAAAACAAAAACUGGAGGCUUUACACUUAUUAGCAAAGAAACAAUUAGAAAAAGGACACUGAGCCUUCAUUUUCGCCUUGGAAUUCUCCUGUUUGUAAUUCAGGAAAAAUCCGGCAGAUGGCGUAUGCUAACUGAGCCAUUAAUGCCAUAAUUCAACCCAUGGGGGCUCUCCCACCCCAUUUGCCCUCUCCAGCCAUGGUACCCUUUAAUUAUAAAUUGAUCUGAAGGCUUGCUUUUUUACCAUUCCUCUGGCAAAACAGGAUUUUGAAAAAUUUGCUUUUACUACACCAGCCUAAAUAAUAAAGAACCAGCCACUAGGUUUCAGUGGAAAGUAUUGCCUCAGGGAAUGCUUAAUAGUUCAACUAUUUGUCAGCUCAAGCUCUGCAACCAGUUAGAGACAAGUUUUCAGACUGUUAUAUCGUUCAUUAUGUUGAUAUUUUGUGUGCUGCAGAAACGAGAGACAAAUUAAUUGACCGUUACACAUUUCUGCAGACAGAGGUUGCCAACGCGGGACUGACAAUAGCAUCUGAUAAGAUUCAAACCUCUACUCCUUUCCAUUACUUGGGAAUGCAGGUAGAGGAAAGGAAAAUUAAACCACAAAAAAUAGAAAUAAGAAAAGACACAUUAAAAGCAUUAAAUGAGUUUCAAAAGUUGCUAGGAGAUACUAAUUGGAUUUGGAGAUAUUAUUUGGAUUUGGCCAACUCUAGGCAUUCCUACUUAUGCCAUGUCAAAUUUGUUCUCUUUCUUAAGAGGGGACUCGGAAUUAAAUAGUGAAAGAACGUUAACUCCAGAGGCAACUAAAGAAAUUAAAUUAAUUGGAGAAAAAUUUGGUUGGCAAAAGUAAAUAGAAUGGAUCACUUGGCCCCACUCCAAAUUUUGAUUUUUGCUACUGCACAUUCUCUAACAGGCAUCAUUGUUCAAAACACAGAUCUUAUGGAGUGGUCCUUCCUUCCUCACAGUACAAUUAAGACUUUUACAUUGUACUUGGAUCAAAUGGCUACAUUAAUUGGUCAGGGAAGAUUAUGAAUAAUAACAUUGUGUGGAAAUGACCCAGAUAAAAUGUGGGGAAAAGCAAGAGAGAUCAGAUUGUUACUGUGUCUGUGUAGAAAGAAGUAGACAUAGGAGACUCCAUUUUGUUCUGUACUAAGAAAAAUUCUUCUGCCUUGAGAUUCUGUUAAUCUGUGACCUUACCCCCAACCCCGUGCUCUCUGAAACAUGUGCUGUGUCAAACUCAGGGUUAAAUGGAUUAAGGGCGGUGCAAGAUGUGCUUUGUUAAACAGAUGCUUGAAGGCAGCACGCUCCUUAAGAGUCAUCACCACUCCCUAAUCUCAAGUACCCAGGGACACAAAAACUGCGGAAGGCCGCAGGGACCUCUGCCUAGGAAAGCCAGGUAUUGUCCAAGGUUUCUCCCCAUGUGAUAGUCUGAAAUAUGGCCUCGUGGGAAGGGAAAGACCUGACCGUCCCCCAGCCCGACACCCGUAAAGGGUCUGUGCUGAGGAGGAUUAGUAUAAGAGGAAGGCAUGCCUCUUGCAGUUGAGACAAGAGGAAGGCAUCUGUCUCCUGCCCGUCCCUGGGCAAUGGAAUGUCUCGGUAUAAAACCCGAUUGUAUGUUCCAUCUACUGAGAUAGGGAAAAACCGCCUUAGGGCUGGAGGUGGGACAUGCGGGCAGCAAUACUGCUUUGUAAAGCAUUGAGAUGUUUACGUGUAUGCAUAUCUAAAAGCACAGCACUUAAUCCUUUACCUUGUCUAUGAUGCAAAGACCUUUGUUCACGUGUUUGUCUGCUGACCCUCUCCCCACAAUUGUCUUGUGACCCUGACACAUCCCCCUCUCGGAGAAACACCCACGAAUGAUCAAUAAAUACUAAGGGAACUCAGAGGCUGGCGGGAUCCUCCAUAUGCUGAACGCUGGUUCCCCGGGUCCCCUUAUUUCUUUCUCUAUACUUUGUCUCUGUGUCUUUUUCUUUCCUAAGUCUCUCGUUCCACCUUACGAGAAACACCCACAGGUGUGGAGGGGCAACCCACCCCUUCAACAAAAUCACUGUUCCUUUCAACAAGCAACAGGUUAGACAAGCCUUUAUCAAUUCUGGUGCAUGGCAGAUUGGUCUUGCCGAUUUUGUGGGAAUUAUUGACAAUCGUUACCCAAAAACAAAAAUCUUCCAGUUUUUAAAAUUGACUACUUGGAUUUUACCUAAAGUUACCAAACAUAAGCCUUUAAAAAAUGCUCUGGCUGUGUUUACUGAUGGUCCAGCAAUGGAAAAGUGGCUUACACCGGGCCAAAAGAAUGAGUCAUCAAAACUCAAUAUCACUUGACUCAAAGAGCAGAGUUGGUUGCCGUCAUUACAGUGUUAACAAGAUUUUAAUCAGUCUAUUAACAUUGUAUCAGAUUCUGCAUAUGUAGUACAGGCUACAAAGGAUGUUGAGAGAGCCCUAAUCAAAUACAUUAUGGAUGAUCAGUUAAACCAGCUGUUUAAUUUGUUACAACAAAGUGUAAGAAAAAGAAAUUUCCCAUUUUAUAUUACUCAUAUUCGAGCACACACUAAUUUACCAGGGCCUUUAACUAAAGCAAAUGAACAAGCUGACUUGCUAGUAUCAUCUGCAUUCAUGGAAGCAUAAGAACUUCAUGCCUUGACUCAUGUAAAUGCAAUAGGAUUAAAAAAUAAAUUUGAUAUCACAUGGAAACAGAAAAAAAUAUUGUACAACAUUGCACCCACUGUCAGAUUCUGCUCCUGGCCACUCAGGAGGCAAGAGUUAAUCCCAGAGGUCUAUGUCCUAAUGUGUUAUGGCAAAUGGAUGUCAUGCACGUACCUUCAUUUGGAAAACUGUCAUUUGUCCAUGUGACAGUUGAUAUUUAUUCACAUUUCAUAUGGGCAACCUGCCAGACAGGAGAAAGUACUUCCCAUGUUAAAAGACAUUUAUUAUCUUGUUUUGCUGUCAUGGGAGUUCCAGAAAAAGUUAAAAACAGACAAUGGGCCAGGUUACUGUAGUAAAGCAUUUCAAAAAUUCUUUAAUCAGUGGAAAAUUACACAUACAAUAGGAAUUCUCUAUAAUUCCCAAGGACAGGCCAUAAUUGAAAGAACUAAUAGAACACUCAAAGCUCAAUUGGUUAAACAAAAAAAAAGGAAAAGACAGGAGUAUAACACUCCCCAGAUGCAACUUAAUCUAGCACUCUAUACUUUAAAUGUUUUAAACAUUUAUAGAAAUCAGACCACUAGCUCUGCAGAACAACAUCUUACUGUUAAAAGGAACAGCCCACAUGAAGGAAAACUGAUUAGGUGGAAAGAUAAUAAAAAUAAAACAUGGGAAAUGGGGAAGGUGAUAACAUGGGGGAGAGGUUUUGCUUGUGUUUCACCAGGAGAAAAUCAGCUUCCUGUUUGGAUACCCACUAGACAUUUAAAGUUCUACAAUGAACUCACUGGAGAUGCAAAGAAAAGUGCGGAGACGGAGACACCCCAAUCGACUUGCCAGUCUACAGGUGUAUCCAGCAGCUCCAAAGAGACAGCAACCAGCAAGAAUGGGCCAUAACGACGAUGGUGGUUUUGUCAAAAAGAAAAGGGGGGGAUAUGUAAGGAAAAGAAAGAGAGAUCAGACUGUUACUGUGUCUAUGUAGAAAAGGAAGACAUAAGAAACCCCAUUUUGAUCUGUACUAAGAAAAAUUAUUUUGCCUUGAGAUGCUGUUAAUCUGUAACUUUAGCCCCAACCCAAACAGGUGCUGUAUGGAAUCAAGGUUUAAGGGAUCUAGGGCUGUGCAGGGUGUGCCUUGUUAACAAUAUGUUUGCAGGCAGUAUGCUUGGUAAAAGUCAUCGCCAUUCUCCAUUCUUGAUUAACCAGGGGUUCAAUGCACUGUGGAAAGCCACAGGGACCUCUGCCCAAGAAAGUCUGGCUGUUGUGGGAAGUCAGGGACCCCGAAUGGAGGGACCAGCUGGUGCUGCAUCAGGAAGCAAAUUGUGAAGAUGUCUUGGACAUUUAUCAGUUUCCAAAAUUAAUAUUUUUAUAAUUUCUUACACCUUUCUUACUUUAAUCUCUUAAUCCUGUUAUCUUUGUAAACUGAGGAUGUACGUCACCUCAGGACCACUAUUGUAAAAAUUGAUUGUAAAACGUGUUUGAACAAUAUGAAAUCAGUGCACCUGGAAAAUGAACAGAAUAACAGUGAUUUUAGGGAACAAGGGAAGACAACCAUAAGGUCUGACUGCCUGAGGGGUUGGGCAAAAAGCCAUAUUUUUCUUCUGGCAGAGAGCCUAUAAAUGGAUGUGCAAGUAGGAGAGAUAUUGCUAAAUUCUUUUCCUAGCAAGGAAUAUAAUAUUAAGACCCUAGGGAAAGAAUUGCAUUCCUGGGGGGAGGUCUAUAAACGGCCGCUCUGGGAGUGUCUGUCCUAUGUGGUUGAGAUAAGGACUGAGAUACGCCCUGGUCUCCUGCAGUACCCUCAGGCUUACUAGGAUUGGGAAACCCCAGUCCUGGUAAAUUUGAGGUCAAGCCGGUUCUUUGCUCUGAACCCUGUUUUCUGUUAAGAUGUUUAUCAAGACAAUACAUGCACCGCUGAACAUAGACCCUUAUCAGGAGUUUCUGGUUUUGCUCUGGUCCUGUUUCCUCAGAAGCAUGUCAUCUUUGCUCUGCCUUUUGCCCUUUGAAGCAUGUGAUCUUUGUGACCUACUCCCUGUUCAUACACCCCUUCCCUUUUAAAAUCCCUAAUAAAAACUUGCUGGUUUUGUGGCUCAGGGGGGCAUCAUAGACCUACCAAUAUGUGAUGUCACCCCCGGUGGCCCAGCUGUAAAA